UCUCUUCGGAAAAUUUGAAUAGGGUGGUCUAUAAAGGCAAAGAGAGGCCUCAGCGGAUCAAUUUGUGGCUCCACGGUGGACAUUACGACGUCAUCAAAUCUCUGAAAGGAUUUUUCGGCAGCAACCAUUAUUGCACAACCUGUGCAAAGGCCUACCAAAUGCCUGAAAGUCAUAGAUGUGCCAAUGCCUGUCCCAUAUGCUUGAGGACCGACUGCUUUCCAGGCCAGCCCCAACGAUGCCCUGACUGUGACCGUCUCUGCCGAUCCGAUGCCUGUUAUGCAGCACACAAAGCCCUCACUGGAAACCAAGAGUUUUCACUUUGCGAUAGGGUAUACCAGUGCAGGGACUGCUGCCAAGUGAUUGAACGCCGUAAGUGCCCUAAAGAUCUGCAUAAGUGCGGUACCACCAAAUGUCCGUCUUGCGGCCAGUUUGUCGUGGCUGCUGAGCACCGUUGUUUAUUUGCGACGUGUUGCUCCGAAGAAGUCUGGAUGACAAGUUCAUCUUUUUUUUGA